GUUCGAUAAAAGUAGACAUACGUUUACAAUUUACAGUAAAAAGAGAUGACAAAUACUUCUGAAACACAGGGUGUGCCGCAGCUUGAACUGGAGUCUGUAAUUGGGUUCAGCGGUCAUGUGAUUUCUGGCUUGAGAGUCCAUCCCGACAGAGAGUACCUGAUCUAUCCUCUUGGCAGCGCUGUCAUCCUGAAGAGAAUCAAAGAUGGCAAGCAGGAGUUCCUGCAUGGACACACCAACAAUGUGUCCUGUAUUUCAGUGUCCAAAGGUGGAGUGUACAUUGCCUCUGGACAGGUCAACUUCAUGGGCUUUAAGGCUACGGUUAUCAUCUGGGACUAUGCCAAACGAACAAUAUAUGCCCAGGUGUUGCUCCACCAGGCUAAAGUAGAGGCACUGGCAUUCUCUCCCAACGACAAGUACCUGGUGUCCCUCGGAGGUCAGGACGAUGGCAGUAUAAUAGUAUGGAAUAUUGAGACCAAGAAGGCUGUCUGUGGGAGUCCAGCCUCAGCGCAGAGCGCCGGGCACUGCCUCACUGUGCAGUACUCUAACACCAAUGACAAUAUUUUUGUUUCUGCUGGGAGUGGUACAUUGCGAGUCUGGGAGCUGGACCUCCCCAACAGGAAGAUCAGACCCACAGAGUGUCAGACAGGCAAGCUGAAGAGGAUUGUGAAAUGUAUAGAGAUCUCCGAGGAUGAUAAAUACAUUUUCUGUGGCACCACCAGUGGAGACAUAAUGAAAGUCAGCCUGAAGACAGGACUUCUGAGUGGAUGUGGUCCAGCUAAAACGAAAUACAGCGGGGGUGUCAAUGUCCUCAGGGUGCUGAAGUCUGCGGACCUUCUUGUAGGCUCUGGAACCGGCACAUUCACUCUCUGUUCCAGCACUAACUUCAAAACUCUCAAGAAAGUAGAGCUGGAUAAGGCGGUGACCUCCAUCGCUAUGAGAGGAGAGGGCCAGCAGUUCUUUGUUGGAACCAGCGCUGCUCAAAUGUUCCGCUUCAGUUAUGAUGAAUUCAAAGCUGAGCUCAUUUCCACAGGCCACAACAGUGCUGUCAAGGACGUAGCCAUAUGUUUUGGAACAUCUGAACUGUUUGGAACCUGCUCUGAGGAGGACAUCAGGCUGUGGCACAUAAACAAGCCCAAAGAGCUGCUGCGCAUCACUGUGCCCAACAUGACCUGCAACUCUCUGGACUUCAUGGCUGACGGACACAGCAUCAUCAGUGCAUGGAACGAUGGCAAGAUUCGUGUGUUUGCGCCAGAAAGUGGCCGGGUCAUGCUCACCAUUGACAACGCACACAGAAUGGGGGUGACAGCAAUUGCUGGCACCAAGGACUGCAAGAGGAUCGUCAGUGGGGGGGGAUCGGGGCAGGUCCGUGUCUGGGAGCUGCAGCCAUCCGGCCAUCGGCUGCUGGAGACCAUGAAAGAGCACAAAGCCACCGUCACUUGUAUCAAAAUCAAAAGUGACGACAAAGAGUGUGUGACUGCCAGCUCUGAUGGGGCCUGCAUCAUCUGGGACUUAGUGCGGUUCGCGAGUCUUCAGAGGGUUAUUGCCAGCACAAUGUUCCGGACAAUGUGUUACCACCCAGAGGAAUACCAGCUCAUUACCAGUGGCACUGACAGAAAGGUCGCCUACUGGGACGUGUAUGACGGAUCUGCCAUCAGAGAACUGGAGGGCUCGCAGGCCGGGGCCAUCAACGGCAUGGAUAUCACACAGGACGGCAAAUACUUUGUGACAGGUGGAGAUGACAAGCUGGUGAAGGUGUGGGACUACAUGAAAGGUACGGUAACCCAUGUAGGAAUAGCUCACAGUGGCAGCAUCACUAGCAUCAAGGUCUGCUCCAACAACCGCACCCUGGUCAGCACCAGCGCAGACGGAGCCAUUCUGAGAUGGAGGUUCCCUCACCCUGCUUCCUCUUAAUGUGACAUGUGGAGUCCUGGAAACUACGCGUUCUACUUUUAUUCCAGGAACACUCGUACUCAUAUGAUCCGACAUUUUCCCAUUAUUGUUCCUCUUAGCAAACAUUUCUAUGAGAGUUCUGACAUUAACAUUGCAGGAAAGGUUUAAACCCAGACCAAAGAA